AUUUAAUCAGAGGCGUCUCCUGAUGAUAACAAGGCGCGAUGUUGGGAUUAUUAUUACAGCUCGAUAAGAGGGCGAGGCUGGGAGCUGUCCGCGGUGCUGCUCCUGAACAGACCCACUCUCAUUUUCGUUUUAUGUUACAGCGGACGAAACUUCGAGCUCCAAUGGUCUUUGGAUGAGGAUCAUUCUGUUUCAGCAAGAUGAAACGAUGGAGAGUCCAAACUUUACUCCUUUUGCUUCUCAGUGUCACUAUUUUGCCAACCUGUUGGUGUGCUCAUGGGAAAUAUGCUCAGAAGCUCCUGAAAGACUUAUUCACCAGCUACACGAGUGCGCUGAGGCCCGUGGAGGACACCAACAACAUCCUGAACGUGACCCUGCAGAUAACACUGUCACAAAUCAUCGACAUGGUAAAACAACACGAUUUUACGUGUGAAAAGAAGCUGUGCAGAUACCAACACAUUUGUAGACGCCUUCUUUAUAUUCUGAUCAUAUGUAUUUUAACAUGCAGUUUGUCCCGUUUGUUGCCAAUUAUUUCCAAUGUUUUACAGGAUGAGCGAAACCAAAUUUUGACUGCAUAUUUGUGGAUACGGCAAGUGUGGCUUGAUGCACACCUCAAAUGGAAUAAAGAUGAUUACGAUGGACUCGAUACCAUCCGCAUACCUAGUAGUUAUGUAUGGAGACCUGAUAUAGUCCUAUAUAACAAUGCUGAUGACCAUUUCACUGGCCCCAUGGACACCAAUGUGGUGAUCCGACAUGAUGGCCAGAUAAUGUGGGAUUCCCCUGCGAUCACCAAGAGCUCCUGCAAAGUGGACGUGUCUUUCUUCCCCUUCGAUGCUCAGCAGUGCAGGUUCACAUACGGCUCCUGGACCUACAACGGCAACCAGCUCGACAUCGUGAACGCCAUGGACAGCGCUGACCUGGCUGACCUGGUGGACAACGUGGAGUGGGAGGUGCUGGGCAUGCCGGCUAAGAAGAACAUUAUUCUGUAUGGCUGCUGCGCCGACCCUUACCCUGAUGUGACCUACACGCUGAAACUGAAGAGAAGAGCGUCCUUUUAUGUCUUCAACUUGCUCAUACCAUGUGUGAUGAUCUCCUUCCUGGCGCCGCUGGGCUUCUACCUGCCGGCUGACUCUGGAGAGAAGGUUUCUUUGGGCGUCACCGUGAUGCUGGCACUCACUGUUUUUCAGCUGCUGGUUGCAGAGAUCAUGCCGCCCUCUGAGAACGUGCCACUUAUUGGAAAGUAUUACAUUGCGACAAUGACCAUGAUCACUGCCUCCACUGCCCUGACCAUCUUCAUCAUGAACAUACACCACUGUGGUCCGGACGCCAAGCCCGUUCCCAAGUGGGCAAAGCAGCUCAUCCUGCAGCACAUGGCCAGAAUGUGCUUUGUUUAUGAAGUUGGGGAGAACUGCAUGUCACCACAGGCGGAGAAACAGGAGCCUCCGCCUGUUAAGAGCACCAACUGCACCAUGAAUGGUCAGGCGGGACCCGGCAGAGAGGACUGUGCCUUCAAAAUGGAGAGAGGACAGGAGACAGUGGGCUCUGUGAUGGCGGAGGAGAGGGAAGACCUGGAUCAGAUGAUGAGUCCUGUGGGCUCAAUAGGGAGGAACCCGACCACCGACUACAGCACUUGGAAGAACGGCAUAUUCAUGAGCAUGGACUGUGGAGAAUCAGCGGGUCACAAGAGAAGCAGGAAGGGAGGCGUGAGUGACGGCGAGAGGAACGAGAGAGAGGCUCCCUGCAGCUCCCUAAACAAUGACCGGCAGCUGCUGCGCAACAUCGAGUACAUAGCCAACUGCUACAGAGAUACAAGGGCCACGCAGAAAAGAACUGGGGAGUGGAAGAAGGUCGCCAAAGUUUUGGAUCGCUUUUUCAUGUGGCUGUUUUUCAUAAUGGUGUUUUUAAUGAGCCUACUCAUCAUGGGCAAAGCCAUCUAACUACAUGACAGAGAUGUUAGUGACAGUGUUAAUAGGUGUAUUUACAGGUUCAUUAAGUACCACAUUUUAUACAGUAACUUAACGAAACGUCUUAGAAAUGGUCCAUACUGGAGGUCAUGUCAUCACCCACCCUGCAGUCUGUGCAAUCAGUAGAAUUAGAUCUUUGAUAAACUUUGCUGACAGCCAUGAAACUAUUUUGUUUAUAUGUUGUCCCAAUGCUGUGUGAAAGCUCAGCCAAGAAAUAUCCACUGUGAAGGCAGAUCAGUGCAUUUUUCUACUCAUGGUAUUUCCACAAAUUUGUGCUUUUAUUUUAGAUAAAUAAAAUACUGUUUAGUACUGUUUUUCAAGGUAUUCACAAAAGCAAUGUAAAGAAACGAAAAAGUACAUUUGAUGUGGCUGCUUCUUCAUACAUUUCAAACAUAACUUAUUUUCAUUUUUAAAUCUUCUCAUCUCAGGAGCAGAUAAAAAUUCAUGAGGUAAUACUCGUUGCACUUGGUAUGUGUAAAUGUUUGGAGGUGGAAAACAAACAUAUCGGCAUCCUAACAUGACAUAACAUAACAUAACUUGACAUGAAAUUACACAGCAUCAAUCAGUUAAAAAGAAAGAAUACCAACUUAACACAAAUGGCAAUAUGUUGAGAAAUACAUUAACAACAACAAGGUUCUGUUUAUAAAACCAGAACAAAAGAUAACAACACAUCAGUGUAACUCUCAGGGAUUAUCUGGUAAAUCCUCUGGAUCCCCACCGUUUGCUCGGCCCUUGAUGUGUAUUAUCCCCUCAGGUCUUUAUGUCGUAAAAAUGGGCCAUGACUCUUUAAUCCGAGCCCACAGGAAAACAGAAUCCCACAGAACUGUGUUUUGAAUCAGCUUCGAUUUGGACAUUUAUUUAUUUAUUCCAGGGAAGUGGAGAAUAAAACCAAAAUGUGAUUGAAUCAGACCUCCAGGCCUGUUGAGGCCUCUGAUUGACCUUUCAUAAAGAGAUCAUCCUUUAGCUUUCCGGGGAAUAUUCAGCACAGCAUUCAGCAUAUUAUUUUAGAGUUGUAGAACUCAUCGUUUCAUACUUGAAAACUUGGCACGCACUUUUCACUUUUACAGGUUUUGAUUUAAUUGGAUACAACACUCUCACUGUGAAUGUGUCGAGUCAAAGAUCAAACCAUGAUCUAAAAUCAGACAACAUUUAAUUUAAUAUUUCAAAUUCAAAAUGAUUAAUGUUAAAGACAACCUCUGGAGUUUUGAGGACCAAAUGAUAUGUGCAUCUUUGGUAUUGUUUGAAGAUUAUUUGUAUGCACAUUGUUAAAUGGAAUAGCGCCCCCUUUGGACAAAAGCGGUAUGAUCUGUUGGCAGUGCAUCCAUUUGUUUUGGGUGUGAGUGACAGAUCUCAGGAUGGAUCAGGAUAAGGUUAUUUAUUUGUAUGUCAUUUUAUAUGUGAUAUAUGUGAUUGGACCCGAGCACAGACAUUGAUAAGAACUACAUAAAAAUAGCAGUUUUGUCGCUGAUGGUCUCGUUUGCUGUUAGAGGUCAUUUAUAAUCAUCAGAGGAAGCACACGACUUUCACAGUUAAAUGUUCCUCGUAGUUACUUUAACGCACAUCAAGCACAUUUUUAUGUUUUGUUGUACUGUAUUGAAACAGCAUUGACAGCAGAGUCCAAGCUGAGCUGCAAACAAUAUGUAGGUUACUUAAUAAAUACCAUAAUUCCUGCAUCCCAGUAAAAACAAAUACAGUAAAUGAAGCCAACUGUAAACUUCCACAUACUUAUUAUUAUAGUUAUGAAAAUUAUGAUUGCCAUGAUUUUUUUUUAAAUUUGCUUUUGUCAAAAUAAGUUACAAAACACAAAAUGAUGUCCUUGAUGCAAUUUUAACAUUAAGACACAAGAUGUUGGUAGAGAGCUUGUUACUGGGCUCCAGCACACAGUCGCUCACUCUACUUCAAUUCAGUUCGAUAUUAAAGGGUCUUUACUGGCAAACAAAAUGUUUAUAUUGCUUAAGCAGAUGUAAAAUAAAAACAACAAUGUACAUAGAAGAAUUGUUAUUUUGUUACUAGAAUUACAUGUAUGUAUAAGUACAAAAAUAAUAUCAUGAUAGAAUAAUAAUCUGUUAUGCUGGGUUUAAAAGAGGAAGAAGAAAUGUAUCAAUAAACAGA